CAUAAACAAAGGCACGUUGCGCUCUAGCGCCAGUUGCGUUAAAGCUGAAGCGUGAGGAAGCUCGGAGUUCUCUGUGCAAAGCUUUUUAUACUUUUAUAUUUUAAAUGCAGAGUUCUUUCAGAGAUGGACAAAGCGCUUACGAGGUCUAGGAAAGAAAACUGAGGAGAGAAAAAAUUAGAAGACCCCCGAGUACAACCAGCGAACUGCAGCGAUUUCACUAGAUCGCCCGUCAGCAGAGAUGCCCUGCGUGCAGGCUCAGUAUGGCACCUCUCCUCCGGGUGCCAGUCCUGCGUGUCAGAGCUACAGCUACAGCGAGUACAGCUGCGAUUUCCUCACGCCCGAGUUCGUGAAGUUCAGCAUGGACCUGACGAACGCAGAGCUCGCCGCCGCGUCUUCGUCACUGCCCAGCUUCAGCACGUUCUCCGACACGGCCGGCGGCACAGGGAGCUACGAGGCCAAGCCUCCAUGCCUGUACCAGCUCCCCCACUGCGCCGAUCAUCUCUCGGUCAAGUCGGAGGAUGGAACCGGGGCACACUCCGGCUACGCGCAUCACCAGCAGCAGCACGGGCAGCACGCAGAGGACCCCGCUGUCGCCGCCGCGGCCGCCGCUGCUGCUGCGUCUUACUACAAACCGUGUCAUUCGGGCUUCGCUCCGGCGUGGGACGAUGCGUCGUCUUUGCACGGCUUCCAUCCGGGCUACCUUAUGGAGCAGCAGCGCAAGAGCGCCGUGACGCGCUUUUUCUCGUUCAAGCCGUCUGCGUCGAGCGCGCACGUCUCCGCAUGUCACAUGCGCUUCGACGGUGCCGCACAACACGGAUUCGCUCCGCUGAGGAAGCAGCAACAGCAGCAGCAACAGCAGCAGCAGCAGCAGCAGCAUGCACAACACCACAGCCUGGGAUUCGCGCAUCACAGCCUGCACAUCAGCCACGGACGAGUGCUCAUGGAGAGCCCCGUGGCCUCUGCUUCGUCUUCUUCGUGCUCACCGAAUGCCACGCGCGGCCCCGCGCACGGAGAGGGUCUGUGUGCGGUGUGCGGUGAUAACGCCGCGUGUCAGCACUACGGAGUGCGCACGUGCGAGGGCUGCAAGGGGUUCUUCAAGCGCACGGUGCAGAAAAACGCCAAAUACGUGUGCCUGGCCAACAAAAACUGCCCUGUGGAUAAACGGCGGAGGAACAGGUGCCAGUACUGCCGCUUCCAGAAGUGCCUCGUCGUUGGGAUGGUGAAAGAAGUCGUAAGAACGGACAGUUUAAAAGGUCGACGAGGUCGUCUCCCGUCCAAACCCAAAGGGCCCCAGGACGUACCCGUCUCCUUGUCGCCUGCCAAUCUCCUGAGUUCCCUGGUGAGGGCCCACAUGGACUCCAACCCCACCGUAGGUCGCCUGGAUUACACCAAAUUUCAGCCCAACCCGGACUUCCACGGCGCCGGAGACGAGACCGUUCACAUCCAGCAGUUUUAUGACCUCCUAAUGGGCUCCAUGAGUAUCAUCCGCAGCUGGGCGGAGAAGAUGCCCGGCUUCACCGAGCUCCCGAAAUGUGACCAGGAGCUGCUGUUUGAUUCCGCUUUCUUGGAGCUCUUUGUCUUGCGCUUGGCAUACAGAUCCAAUCUGAUGGAAGACAAGCUGGUUUUCUGCAGCGGCGUCGUCCUGCACAGGCUGCAGUGCGUGCGAGCGUUUGGAGAGUGGAUCGACUCAAUCGCAGAGUUCUCCUCAAGCCUCCAGAGCAUGCGCGUCGACGUGCCGGCGUUCUCCUGCAUGGCUGCUCUCACCAUAAUCACAGAGCGCCACGGCCUGAAGGAGCCCAAAAAGACAGAGGAGCUUCAGAGUAAGAUUUUAACCUGCCUGAAGGAUCACGUGGCCUGCAGCGGACAUCUGUCAAAAAUUCUGGCCAAGCUGCCUGAGCUUCGCACGCUGUGCACACAAGGACUUCAGCGCAUUUUUUACCUGAAGCUGGAGGACUUGGUUCCGACGCCCGCUAUCAUCGAGAAGCUCUUUCGUGACACGUUACCAUUCUGAACAUGUGGAACUUUAUCAGAGUUUUAUACGAUCCCCUUCAAGCCAAGGAGCUUUACUUUCACUCUCCUUGGACUGAAAGCGACACAACAGCGCAAGAGCUAAGAGCAGAUCUAAGAACUAGCCCUUUUCUGGUCUUGUUGGAGAUCAUCAAGGAAAUCAUCCUCCGAGCUUGUUAACCAUUUAUUCACCCCCUUUAUUAAAACUUCCAGACAUCAUCAUCAUCAUCAUCAUCAUCAUCAUCAUCAUCAUCGUAACUGAACACUUUUCACAAUAGUUUCACUGUAGUUCCUUGAUUAUAUGCUUUUGAAUAAUAAGCUUGGGUUUGGGGGAUUUUAAUGGGAUGCUAAUUAAAAUUAAUCCAUAAUACAAUAAUGCA